AUGCAGACUUCCAGCGAAAACGCUGACAAGCCACGCGGGGUCGAGCCUGGGGAGUUAGAAUCAACCGGCUGUUCCUCAACGGCUGAUCAUCUCAGAAACGCAAGCUCAGUCGCAACGAUGCUUCGAGUCUCGCUCUGGGUGGCAUUUGCAGCAUGGCAUACCACCUUUGAUGAAGGCUUUGCGGGCACGGUCUUGAUCAUGCCUUCGUAUCAAAAAGCCUUUGGGACCUGUCACCAGCGUAUGGACUUAGCCCUUGGCUACAUUGUUGAGGAGUGCUCGCUCACACCACUCCAACAAUCACUCAUCAGUCUGAAUUACCUGUUCAUCGGUAUCGGGGGAGGUCUAUCAGCCUUGACAGGAAAGUAUACUGGCCGUCGUGGGGCCAUUCAGAUCGGAUGCACGCUGGCAGUUGUUGGAGCUGCUGGUAUGCUUGGAACUGGAGAUGGAUCACGGCACACAUUUUUGCACUACAUGGUCUGUAAAUGUAUCGGCGCGCUCGGCCUGGGACAACUCAUCUCUGCUUCUCUGGCGUACGGAUCCGAAUGCAUCUUUGCCAGCAAGCGUGGCUUAGGGCUGGGAAUCUACAACGUCGGGCUCGCCUUUGGCAAUCUCUCAUCUGCUGCGGUGUGCGCAGGGUCAGCACGCCUGGAGCCGGACAACAACUGGCAGUGGAAGAUUCCCAUCUUGGCCCAGAUCCCUCUUGGUAUCAUCCUGGGAGUUGGAAUCCUUUUACUUCCCGAGUCCCCUCGGUGGAUUUUGAACAACGACGAGAAUGGCGAGGAAGAGGCCCGCAAAGCAUUCAGUUUGCUCUAUCGAAUCUCCGCCAACUCACCCGAGAUCACUUCUCAGAUCGCCGAUGUUAAAGCCCACAUCAAGGCCGAAAGAGCCAAUGCUGCUGCGUCAACUUGGUACGAGAUUUAUUCCAAACCUCAUUUCCGCCGAACCUGGACUUCUGCUCUCAUCAUGAUUGGUCUUUCCAUCACUGGCAUUCAAUUUGUUCAACCCUAUGCAGCUCUCUUUUUGCAAGGCGUUGGGAUCCACGAUCCUUAUCUCAUCAACGUGAUCAUCGGUCUUUGUAUCCUCGGCGGAGCUUGUCUGGGCCCUUUUAUUGUGGAACAUGCCGGCCGUCGAUUCGCUAUACUUUCUGGAUACACCGCCAUGGGCAUUUGUAUGCUGAUCCUGUCAGCCGUCAGCAGUGCCCUCGGAUCGGGAGACAUUUCACAAAUCGUAGUCGUCGUCUUCCUCUGCCUCUGGUCGUUUGUCUUCGGGGGCACCAUCGCACCAAGCGCGGGCCUGGCUGCUGUCGAGAUGCACAGCGUGAGACUCCGAACAUAUGGCCAAGCGCACACGACCAGCCUCUACGGAAUAUUUUCCUUUGGCGCCAUUUUCUGGACACCCUACAUGUUGAAUAAGGAUUAUGGAAACAUGGGCCCUAACGUCGGGUACUUUUAUGCGGCCGUUACCGUCGUCAUUGGAGUCUUGGCCUACCUGUUGGUCCCUGAGACUGCCGGGCUGACUUUGGAACAGAUCGACGAUGUCUUUAACUCGGGUGUUCGCCCUUGGAAGACGUCAAUUCAGAGAAACAAGGUCAUCGUGCGGACCAAGAACCAAGAGCUUCUAGAGGGACACAGUCCAACAACAGAAGAAGAAGUAGAGCAACAGGAAGACGAAAAAAGAAAUGAACGUCCCAAACCAUCCGUCGAGAUGUCUUGA